GAUGAUGGACAGAAGCGGUAGCCAAUGAGCUUCGCCCGGUAGUAGAAGAGGGCAAGACUAAUAUCUUAAAGGAACCGCGGCCUGUCCACAGACCAGAGGGUGACCCGGAUGAUGGCGGCCGGCGCGGCGCUAGCCUUGACCCUAUGGCUACUACUGCCGCCAAUUGGCGUGGGAGAGGCGGGGCCGCCGCCGAUUCAGGACGGAGAGUUCACGUUUCUGUUGCCCGCCGGGAAGAAACAAUGUUUCUACCAGUCUGCGCCUGCUAAUGCAAGCCUUGAAACCGAGUACCAGGUGAUCGGAGGCGCUGGGCUGGAUGUGGAUUUCACCCUGGAGAGCCCUCAGGGUGUGCUGUUGGUCAGUGAGUCCCGCAAGGCUGAUGGGGUGCACACGGUGGAGCCUACAGAGGCUGGGGACUACAGGCUGUGCUUCGACAACUCCUUCAGUACGAUCUCCGAGAAACUGGUGUUCUUCGAGCUCAUCUUUGACAGCUUACAAGAUGAGGAGGAGGUAGAGGGCUGGGCAGAAGCUGUGGAACCUGAAGAAAUGCUGGAUGUCAAGAUGGAGGACAUCAAGGAGUCCAUGGAGACCAUGAGGACGAGGCUGGAGCGCAGCAUCCAAGUGCUGACCCUCCUGCGGGCCUUCGAGGCCCGGGACCGGAACCUGCAGGAGGGCAACCUGGAGCGAGUCAACUUCUGGUCAGCGGUCAACAUGGCUGUGCUGCUGCUGGUGGCCGUGCUGCAAGUGUGCACACUGAAACGCUUCUUCCAGGACAAGCGCCCCGUGCCCACGUAGCCCUGCCCUGGAGGAGCAAGGACAAAGCCAGAGGGGGCGGCAGGCAUGUGGUGCUAGGUGUCCCUCCCUUAGUUUACUGCAGGAACAGCUGUGUGUGUGCAGGGGGGGGGCGUCACAGGCAUGCCCCUGAGUGGGCUCCCUUCCUGGGCACCGCUGGCACCAGGGCUGCAUUUCCUAGAAGUGUGCAUGAUAGGCGACAGUGUGGGAAUGCAAACUGAGUGGCUUUUCUGUGCCCCCCCUUCUUUGUACCAGUUACAGAGCUUGAACUCAGGGCCUGGGCACUUGAGCCACAGCUCUACUUCCAGCUUUUUUUUGGUAGUUUAGUAGAGAAAAGAGUCUCGCGGACUUUUCCUGCCUGGGUUGGCUUUGAAUCGUGAUUCUCAGUAGCUAGGAUUACAGGCGUGAGCCACCGGUGCCCAGUUCCAGCCCCUUUUUGAAAAUGUGCCUUAACUCAAGUCUUCCAGUGGAUAAAUCAAGUCUUCCCUCCCGGGGAACCCCAAGCCGGGCCAGUGUGAAGUGCCUGCUGUUUCUGGGGUGCCCCACUUCUUGCCAUCUUCCUUCUUUGCUCGGCUGGGGGAGGCCGGAAGGACACAUGGUGACAGUGUUCUGUGGGGAUAAUCACUUUAUUUGAUAGAAAGGGGUCCCGGCAGGGGCUGGCUGGGUGGGUGUGGGGUCUGGUAACAGAACUCCCAAGAGAAGGGUGGGCAGGACCACCCCCUCUUCCUGCAGUGGCCCCACAUGGGGAUGGGGGGUGGGGGCUUGGCUAAAGCCCCUGCUGGAGCCUCAAAGAACAAAAGGGCGUCUGGCCCCCAGUACUCGAGUCAAUAAAUUAUGGUCAGAAAA